AAUGAGUCAAGAAUCGAUCCACGGUCAGUACGUUCCGGAGCCGGAGCACGUGAGCGUGCACACGGUGAACACCGAGGGUUCGAGUUUCACGCCUCCGGGUGACGGAGGGCAACAGCAGAAUCAACCUGAGCCAGCGGGACAGCCACCAGCUGUACCACCGCCAGUCGUACCACCUCCAGUGAUGCCCCCGUUGGCGAUACCGCAGGUGGCCUACGAGCAGAUGUUCCCGGCCAUGAUGGCCCAUUAUAUGCAGCACAUGGCGCAGCUUAUGCCCAUGUUUCAGCCACCGCCACCACCACAGCCGCAGCCGCGCAUCGUUACCUUCAAGACGUUGAAGGAUAAUGGAGCGGAAGAGUUUCGAGGAGACAAGAUGGGGGAGCCCCAGAUUGCAUUGGAUUGGCUUGAGCAGAUGGACCGGGUACUCAAGAAUUUGAGAGUCCCUGAUGCAGAUCGCUCGGAGUUGGCGUCACAGAUGUUCCGGAAGGGAGCAUAUGAUUGGUGGAAGCGCAUUGACCAGGAUCCACACACACCCAAGCCGUGGACCUGGGAUCGCUUUGAUCGAGCCUUCAUGAAGGAGUACGUCCCCACCCGGUACCGCGAGGAGAGGCGCGAUGAGUUCUAUGCGACGAGUCUGGUCUCCACUCCGGAGGAUCGUUUGAAUGAGUUCGUCAAGAAGCUACGGCCGGACUUGAGGCCGUACGCCGCGCUGAUCACGACGAUAGAUUUUAAUGCGGCGUAUGAUUUGAUUGUGAAGACGGAAAAGAGCUUGGACGAUUUGCAGGCAACCAAGAAGGAGGAUCGAGCAACGAAACACCCGCGACCCGCGGCCAGCACCAGGCCGAGCGGGAAGAGUUUUGGAUUCGGGGGAAAGAGGUACGAGAAGGGUUCUUCGAGUGCGCCGCCGCCUAAGAGGAGUAAGUCGAGGCCGUCUCCGUCGGCCACCGCUAGCAACUCGAUCAGAACGAGGAGCCACCCGCAGUGUGUACAGUGUGGUAGGCAUCACCCGGGCGAGUGUUGGCUCGCCCAAGGCUUAUGUUUGGGUUGUGGUCAGCCAGGGCACUUCAGGAGGCAUUGCCCGACAAACCCUAGCAGCGAGCCUGUUUUUCCUAGAGCUCCGGAUCAGCCUGCCACAUCACAUCCAGCACGGAGUCAGCAGUCUAUAGCAGCAAAUAAUCAGCAGAGACCACGUCCGCAGCAGUUAGGCCGGGCACCAGCGCGUACCUACGCCAUGCAGGGGCGCACAGAUCCUAGUCCCGAUGUUAUCCUGGGUACGUUCAUACUAUUUGAUUCGGUUAUGCAUGCCUUGAUCGAUCCGGGUUCUACGCUCUCCUAUAUCUGUGUUGGCAUGCCCGCUAAUUCUGCGAUUGUGAGGAGUGACCUUGAGAUACCUACCGUUGUAUCGAAUCCGCUAGGACAUAGCAUGCGUCUUCAUCACAUUUAUCCUAGAUGUCCGUUGUCCGUGCAAGGGAAGCAAUUCCCUGCAGAUUUGAUAGAGCUACCACACAAGGAGUUUGACAUUAUCCUUGGUAUGGAUUGGCUCACCGAGCAUAGAGCAGUGGUCGACUGCAGUUGUCGGACCGUACGGCUGAGAGCCGAGGACGGUACCGACGUAUCACUAUCCGGGGAGGUGUUCCCCAAGGCUCCCGAGUUCAUAUCGUCCUUGAGCGCGAGGCGCUUGAUUCGCAAGAAGUGCGAGAUGUUCCUGUGUCACGUUCAGGAUAUGCGAAAAGAAUCACCACGUCAGCAGGACAUCCGUACGGUUUGCGACUUCCCCGAUGUCUUUCCCGAAGACCUACCUGGUUUGCCUCCGCCGAGAGAGGUAGAGUUCUCGAUCAAUCUCAUUCCGGCCAUCGCCGCAGCUUCUCCUUCGCCAGAAGUCCGUCGCCCACUGCCAGUUCCAGCGCCGCCAAUCGCCGCUGCUUCCUUCGUCGGUCGUCCUCGCCAUCGAGCUGCUGCGCCGCUGUUUCGCCUUCGUCGGUCGUCCGCCGCCGUCGAGUUGCAGCGCUGCCAGUCGCUGCCCAGCGCCGCCGUCGCCCUUAGCACAGCGGCCAUCCUCACCGUCGAGUGCAGUGCCGCCACGUCGAGCGCUGGACGUCGCCUCCCCUACCAGCGUCCGCCAUCAUCGCCGUCGAGCUGCCGCUCCGCCACUGUCGCCGGCGUCCAUCACCGUCGCUGCAUCCAGCCGCUACCCCGGAUUGAUAUCGCCGGCAGAUUAACCUCCACGCCGGAUUGAUUGGUCGAUUUCGUAUUUUGACUCAAUUUGACCCGUUCGUUUGAUUUCGUUGAUUUGUCUUCCGUUCGAGCUAUCGAUUCGAUUUCGGCGUAAUCCAGGUCCGUACCAUGAAGUUAAUAGCGUUAAGAAUAGAUUUAAUGGUUUGGA